AUGGUGAAGGACUGCCCACAGCCGAAGAUAACUUGUAGCAACUGUGGGAAGUCGGGGCACCUUGCCAAUGAGUGCUGGGGCGCUAAGAGGGGAGGCAGUACAAGUACAACUCAGAGGCCGGAAUCAAGAGGAAGUACAGGGUCGAGUAUGGGGCAAAAGCCGAGCAUUCCUCGUAGAGUCUUUACUAUAAGUGGGGCAGAUGCUUCACAAUUUGAGGAACUGAUCCGAGAUAAAUUGACGGAAUUACCGUGUAAUGUUGUGGUGACUACCCCUACAGGUAAGCCGGUUGUGACAUCAUGGGUGUAUUUGGAGUGUGCAAUGAUGGUACAUGGUAGGAAAUUUGAGGUGGACUUGAUCUGUUUACCUCUUUUGCAAUUGGAUGUAAUUCUGGGAAUAUAUUGGCUAGCUGCCAACCAUGUGUUGCUGGACUGUAGGGAGAAGACUUUGAUCUUCGGUGCGACAACGACAGAGGUUCCAAGGCUUAUGAGUCAGGGAGCGUGGGAGAACACGGUAAAUGCCAAUGCUUUCAUGGUUAUGUUCUCAAUGGAAAUUGAAAGUGUGGUUGAGCCUGAAUAUAUUUCGGUGGUGAGAGAUUUCUUGGAGGUUUUUCCCGAAGAUGUUUCUGAGUUACCGCCUGAGAGGGAAAUAGAGUUUGCUAUUGAACUCAUUUCGGGGGCAAGUCCAAUUUCUGUGGCACCUUACAGGAUGUCACCAGUGGAGAGGUCAAGAAGCAGGUGGAAGACUUGUUGCAGAAAAGGUUUGUGA